UCCGCUACUUUUGACUGUCUCUUCUCACUUUGAACCAGUGUCAACAAACAACAACAAUAUUUUCGUCUUUGCAGCGUCGUCUUGGCAAACCACAUUUCGAAGAGCCCAAAUACUGGCGAAAAACACGGAGAAGACUAAAAAACUAAGUUGUAUCAACAUCAAAAAAAAUUAAUUUUCUUCUUCUUUUUUUUUUUGUCGUCACAUUUGACUCCUCAGAGGGUUGUGGCUGUCCCGGGAUACACUGGUGCUCGGCUGUAGCCCGGGUGCGGAUAACUAAGGCUAACCGAGGCUAACCUUUCUGGAAGCUUCCUCACAGGAGACACGGCGAUUUCAACGACGACCUCCUGCUGCAAACUCGGUGUUGGAGCAACCGCCUCCCCGUUAGGAGGAGGUUUCGUUAGUCACUGGGGUGUUGGAGGUAUGACUGCGUUGGCGGGGUCAAUACCCAGGAUGAUGCGACCCACGCUGGCUCAGAACUACCCCCGCAGUGGCUUCCCACUGGAAGUGUCUACCCCGUUGGGUCAAGGCCGUGUGAACCAACUCGGAGGAGUUUUUAUUAAUGGCAGACCAUUGCCCAACCACAUCCGACAUAAAAUCGUGGAGAUGGCCCACCACGGCAUCAGGCCGUGUGUCAUCUCCCGUCAGCUCCGGGUCUCCCACGGCUGCGUGUCCAAAAUCCUGUGCCGGUACCAAGAGACGGGCUCCAUCAGACCCGGGGCCAUCGGUGGCAGCAAACCCAAGCAGGGAACAACGCCGGACGUAGAGAAGAGAAUAGAAGAAUACAAGCGGGAGAACCCGGGUAUGUUUAGCUGGGAGAUUCGGGAUAAAUUACUGAAGGAUGGGAUAUGUGACCGCAACAACGUUCCUUCAGUGAGCUCCAUCAGUCGCACCAUGCGGAGUAAGUUCGGGGGGAAAGGCGACGAAGAGGAGGAUGAAGAGGAAAUCGAGAGGAAAGAGUUGGAGGAGAACGACCGGAGGGCCAAACACAGCAUUGAAGGCAUCUUGGGAGACAGAUCAAGUCACUCAGAUGAGGGUUCAGAUGUUGAGUCUGAGCCUGAUCUGCCUCUAAAAAGGAAGCAGCGGCGCAGUCGGACCACCUUCACGGCAGAGCAACUGGAAGAGCUGGAGAGGGCCUUCGAGAGAACCCACUACCCUGACAUCUACACCAGGGAGGAGCUCGCCCAAAGGGCCAAACUCACCGAGGCCAGGGUUCAGGUUUGGUUCAGCAACAGGCGGGCAAGGUGGAGGAAGCAAGCUGGAGCCAGUCAACUGAUGGCAUUUAAUCACCUGAUCCCAGGGGGUUUCCCACCUUCAGCAAUGUCCAGCAUCUCCCCCUACCAGCUCUCUGACAGCCCCUACCCCCCCUCAUCUAUAGCACAAGUGUCAGAGCCCCCCAGCACGGUGCAUCGGCCCCAGCCUCUUCCUCCCUCCUCGGGCCACCAAGCCAGUGGCGGUGGAGGGCAAGUAGAAGGAGGCUCAGCCUACUGCCUUGCCUCUGGACGCCACUCCUUCUCAGGGUACUCGGACAGCUUUGGAGGACCGGGCAAUCCCAUGAACCCCGCCAUAGGAAAUGGACUCUCUCCACAGCAGGUGAUGGGUCUGCUGAACCCUGGCGGUGUGCCACAUCAGCCCCAAGGUGACUAUGCCAUCUCCCCUCUGACGGGCGGCCUUGAGCCCCCUGCUGGCAUGGCCGCCAGCUGCAGCCAACGCAUGGAUCACAUCAAGGGCCUGGAGGGUCUCACCAGCGUUCCCUCCAUGUCAGCUCUGCCCUCCCUGCCUAGCUCCCAGUCCUACUGCCCCCCCUCCUACAGCUCACCGGGCUACACCGUCGACCAUGUGGCGUCCUACCAGUACGGCCAGUACGGACAAAGUAAGGUGCCCUUUCUUAUCUGAGGCCUGAAAUCACCUGAUCAAGAGCUUCAGACUUCACAGAAGGACAUUUGUGUGUACAGUGAUGGAAAUCUUUUAAUAUCCGGACCAAAAUUUAUUUUGCUACCAUGUACCAGGACACAUUCUCCACUGCAGGACAUUUUAUUAUUAAUUGUUGUUGGAGGAAUUGACAAAAAAAAGAAGGGACCACAAGAAGGAAUAUCAGACCAAAAACUGUUAAUUGACUGAGAACAUUGCAUCAGAUGAACGGCAGAGAUGUCAGCGCUUAAUGAGGUUGGUGCAGUGGACCAUCUACAGUGCCUAGACGUGGCACUUUCCACAGGAAACUCCAGUGACCAAGCACCAUUCGUGGACUCUGCAUGUGGGGUGUUUGUGAGGGCAGCAAACCCAAAUCUAUUCAUCAUAAUCUGCCAGCCUUUGAGGCAAUGCUUGAAGAAACAUGUUUACAUAUCUUAGGGCCACAUGAGUACAUAUGAAAUUCCAUGUAUCCCCUAAUUAAUCCCCAAAUUGUAUGUGCCAAAAGGGGAAAAAGAAAAGGGCUUUGUUGAUAUUUUUUUUUACAUUUAUUUGAGAUCUCUGCAUCCCACACAUGGAGAGAAAUUCCAGAGACAGAGAAAACAAACGGAGGAAACAUAUCUGGGGGUUUUAUUGUAUCCGAAACUCUAAUGUACACCACAGCUGUACUGCAGUGAAAGUUCAUUCAAACAUUCCUCCUACCUCCCCCCCCCUUCCUCUUGCCUUUCUCUCUCAUUGAUCUUUCGGACGAUGAGGCAGGGAUCCUGGCCUUUUGUAGUUUUAGAGAGGAACUCUGAGGAGGUCAGGGGGUGACUUUAGGAAAAGUGACAGAUGAGAGAGCAGUAGAGGAGGGUAUCGAAGAAGUGGCUUUAAAGGAAAGGGGGUAGGGGGGGGGGAUAGGCAAGAUCGAUCACAGGGUUAAAAACCCUUUAAAGAUCCUCUCCCGGCAAGAAAAAGCCACCAGGUCACAAGUCACGACCGAGAAACACUUGAGAAACUGAGAGAGUUUAGACUAAAGACAGCCAUUCUCCCAUCUGACUAGAAGUGCAAUAUCAUGUAUCUUAGACUCGACUUCACAAUGAAAACAAUGACAAAACAAAAAAAAUCGAACGUGCUUCUUAAAGUCUUACGAAAGGGUUCGGAUUAAUUCUCUGGAUCUAGUUUGGGACCUUGCACAGGAACAGCACAUGUGCCUUUGAAGGCUUUUGGGUCCAAAACAAAUUUGAAACAUGGUUAAUAUUGCUGGAACAGUUCACUGAGGACCACAUUUAUAAAGACCUAACUCAUAGUGUCACGAGGAAAAGAAUGAAUCAAGGGAAUGCCAAUGUAAACAGAAAAUUACCAGGAAUGACAAAGCCAAAACUAUACUUUAUUAUUUUUUUGCAUUGCUUGGGACCUCUUCUUGAUUCUGUUGAUUACACUCUUGAGCUUAUCGAUUAGGUUUCUAACGCAUUCCAGACAUAUUUAUUGUCUCAAAUGUUCUGUAUGUCAACAGUGUUGUGGUAAAAAAUUCCCACAAGGUACAAGUGA